UUUUUUGUUGAUUUUCAUUUAGGUGGACAAAAAAAAAAAAAUUUUCACUCACCUCCUGUGUCCUCCUCCUAAUCAUCAUCAUCAUCAUCAUCAUCAUCAUUAUCAUCAUUGACUAACAACGUGUAUUCGUAACAUUGACAAAAUGGAUAAAACAAAAAUAAUGGAUGUAAAAAUAACACCUGUCCAGCAGAUGAUUUCAUCAUGUACCGGUUCAUUUUUAACAUCAAUUUUAGUUACACCAUUGGAUGUGGUCAAAAUACGAUUACAAGCACAGCAAAAAGAAUUUAUGAAAAAUAAAUGCUUCCUUUAUUGUAAUGGAUUAAUGGAUCAUGUUUGUUAUUGUCUAACGAAUGGCAAUGGCAAUGGAAAUGGCAAUGGCAUUAGCAACGAUUCUAAAUUUAACGGUAAACAAAAUCAAAUUAAUGGACAACAGGCUAGCAACAAACAGACAAAUUUUAAUUAUUUUCAUUCAUCAUUGAAUAAAACAACAACAAAAAAAACCAAUACACAUUGUUCAUAUCAUAGUAUAUCUACUGUUAAACAUUUGACAGACAAACAGAUUAAAGAUCUUUGGUAUCGACGUCCAAAUUAUUUCAAUGGAACCAUGGAUGGAUUGAUUAAAAUUGCACGAUAUGAAGGCAUUACAUCAUUGUGGAGUGGAUUACCACCAACUUUAAUAAUGGCCGUACCAGCAACUGUGAUGUAUUUCACCAUCUAUGAUCAGAUAUGUGAUAGACUUCGAAAAAAACUUCAAACACAACAACAACAACAACAACGAGGAGGAGGUAGUAUAGCAAAUGUUUUGAUACCCGGAUUGGCAGGUGGAUCAGCACGUAUGGUUGCCGCAACGGUAAUCUCUCCAUUAGAAAUGAUUCGUACGAAAAUGCAAUCACAAAAAUUAAGCUAUCAUGAAAUCGAUACAGCCAUACGUCAAUUGAUACGUUCGGAAGGUGUAUUUCGUUUAUGGAACGGUUUGAAUGCUACACUACUUCGUGAUGUACCAUUUUCCAUAAUUUAUUGGCUAAAUUAUGAAAAUCUAAAACGUAUAUUUGAAAUGAAAGAAUUUGAUUUUGGUUUCAGUUUUUUGGCCGGUGCAACAUCUGGUGCUAUUGCCGCAACCAUCACAUUACCAUUCGAUGUAGUCAAAACACAUAGACAAAUUGAAUUGGGUAAACAAUUGGUCAAUGAUCGUGAUACUAAAUCAAAAAAGACCAAAGAUAUUAUGAUGAAAAUCUAUAAUGAACGUGGUUAUCGUGGCCUAUUUGCUGGUAUUGUACCAAGAUUAAUAAAAGUUGCACCAGCAUGUGCCAUAAUGAUUAGUACAUAUGAAACUGGUAAGAAUUUUUUUCGACAAUAUAAUUAUUCCAAAAUGAUCGAACAACAACAACAGCAACAGCAGCAUCAAAUCAUCAAUCAAAUGGGUUAAAUCAAUUUUAAUUUUUUUUUCUUUUCACAAAAUGGACAAAAUGGAAUAAUCAAUUACUAGUCUGUUAACAAAUUUUUUUUUGUUUCUCUUCACUGUAUAUUCUAAUAUAUGUGUAUAAAUUAGAAAAUGAAAUUCUAUAUGGAA